AUGCUGGUGGACUCGUCCGAGGACGAGAGCAGUUCGGAUGGGAGCGAGGGGGGUCGGUUGGGGCCGGAGGAGGUGGAGGAGGAGGAGGAGGAUGCUAGCCCGGGGGCGAUGCUGCGCAGGCUGGCACGAGCAGAGGUGGACAAGCAGACGCUCAGGCAGACCCUUUUUCGCUACGCGCUGUACAAGAGCUAUUUCUACGACGGCGAGGGCGAGGCACCGCAACUCUGGGUCAUGCACUCGGCAAAGUGGAAGUACCAGCUCUGA